GGGCUGGGGCUGCGGCGGGCAGCGGGACCCGGCGCUGCGGGGGCUGCGGGGGCCGCGGCCGUGAGAUGUCUCAAUGGAUACGUGGGACUUCUUCUAUACUUGCCUGGUGUCCUUAUGGCUGCAGAGAUUUUACAUCUAUUCUGCUGUUGCUUUUGGGAUCAGUGUUUGGAUCGUCGUUCAGUUCUUUCCCACCAAAACAAAAAAGAAGGAUGAAAAAUGCAAUGGGAAUCCCUCUUCUGAAGGAAAAGACAAACUGGUAAAUGGCUCUGCCACCCUGCAGGAAAAGGAAACCUGUGUUGCUGGGGUGAAGAUUUUCUAUGGGUCUCAGACUGGCACAGCAAAGAGAUUUGCCAAAGGUCUGGCUGAAGCAGUUACUGCCCUUGAUUUGCCCGUGGAAGUCAUUAGCAUGGGAGACUAUGAUCCAGAUGAUUGUUUAGCAGAAGAGACAAGCAGCAGGAACAUCUGUGUGUUCCUGGUAGCUACGUACACGGAUGGGCGGCCGCCCGAGAGCGCUGCGUGGUUCUGCAAGUGGUUGGAAGAGGCAGCAAAUGACUUUCGCUUUGGGAAAAUGUAUCUGAAAGGCCUGAGAUAUGCUGUGUUUGGCCUGGGAAACUCGGCUUAUGCUGAUCAUUACAAUACAGUUGGGAGAAACAUCGACCGGUGGCUGUGGAUGCUCAGUGCCAGCAGGAUCAUGACUCGUGCUGAGGGGGACUGCAACGUGGCCCAGAGCAAGCAUGGCAGCAUGGAGGCUGAUUUUGAAGUCUGGAAAGCCAAGUUCCUCCAUCGGCUCCAGGUGCUCUGCAGGCGAGAAAAGAAGCCCUGCAGUGGGAAGUGCAAGAAAGGGAAAUGCAAAUCCACAGGGAAGCAGAGCAAGGAGAGCUCAGCUGAUGAACAUGGAGCAUCAGAACAUGAGAAUACUGAGACAGAGGAGUUGUUUGACACCAGUAGUGAAGAGGAGGCUGGUGCUGAGGAAACUGGAGGCACAAAUUCUGUCAUCGAUGUGGAAGAUCUUGGCAAUAUCAUGAGCCACAUGAAGAAAGCAAAGAGGGAACAUGAGCUGGAGGAAGAUGAUGCUGGAAGGAACUUGGCUGGAGACAGCACUGGGAGGAAGGAGGAAGGUGAAAAGAGAGAGAUGAUUACCCCGGCUCUGAGAGAAGCACUGACAAAACAAGGUUACAAGCUGAUUGGAAGCCAUUCUGGGGUGAAGCUCUGCCGAUGGACAAAGUCAAUGCUUCGAGGCCGAGGGGGCUGCUAUAAACACACGUUCUACGGAAUCGAGAGCCACCGCUGCAUGGAGGCCACACCAAGCCUGGCUUGUGCCAACAAGUGUGUCUUUUGCUGGAGACAUCAUACAAAUCCAGUGGGCACAGAGUGGCGAUGGAAGAUGGACCAACCUGAAAUGAUCUUGCAGGAAGCUAUUGAGAACCAUCAGAACAUGAUCAAACAGUUCAAAGGUGUGUCAGGAGUGAAAGCAGACAGGUUUGCAGAAGCGCUGGCAGCGAAGCACUGCGCGCUCUCGCUGGUGGGAGAGCCCAUCAUGUACCCGCACAUCAACCGCUUUGUGAAGCUCCUGCACCAGCACAGCAUCUCCAGCUUCCUAGUUACAAAUGCACAGUUCCCAGAUGAGAUUAGGAACCUUGAGCCAGUAACUCAGCUGUAUGUCAGCGUGGAUGCCAGCACCAAAGACAGCCUGAAGAGAAUUGAUCGACCCCUCUUCAAGGAUUUCUGGCAGAGGUUUCUGGACAGUUUAAAGGCCUUGUCUGAAAAGCAACAACGCACUGUUUAUAGGCUGACACUGGUGAAAGCUUGGAACGUGGAUGAGCUCAAAGCCUACGCUGACCUGAUAGCCCUGGGAAAACCUGACUUCAUCGAGGUCAAGGGCGUGACGUACUGCGGUGAGAGCUUGGCCAGCAACCUCACCAUGGCCAACGUCCCCUGGCAUGAGGAGGUGGUGCACUUUGUCCAGGAGCUGGCUGACCUCAUCCCUGACUACGAGAUCGCCUGUGAGCACGAGCACUCCAACUGCCUGCUGAUAGCUCACAAGAAGUUCAAGAUGGAUGGCGAGUGGUGCACCUGGAUCGACUACGAGCGCUUCCAGGAGCUGGUGCGGGAGCACGAGGGCAGCGGCGGGUCCAGGAGCUUCACGGCGACUGAUUAUGCAGCCAGAACUCCUCGUUGGGCCCUGUUUGGGUCCAGGGAACGGGGAUUUGAUCCCUUGGAUGUAAGAUACCAGCGGAGGAACAAAGCCAGAGACAUCUCUGGGUGUUGAGGUUAGACUGGGGCUCACCCACCUCCUGUCUGACUGCUGAGCUUUCAGUCUCUGUCUCCAGGCUAACACCAGCUUUGAAUCUCUACGCCUAGAUUUUUAUGAUGUUUGAUAUUGAGGAGGGCAAAGCCUUUAUUUAACCCUUCCCUCCUGUUUUUAGGGCUAUUUGGGUCAAGAUAUUUCUAAGGCUCCAUCUCAAGGUAAAUCACAAAUGGUGCCAGCAGUUGAUGCUACCUGGCAGCAGGGUGGGGGAGGCAGUGGCUGGGGUCACCACACCAGAGGUGGUUUGGAGCUGGAUGUGGAGAGGGGAGCACUGGUGUGACUGCUGGUCCCUGCUGCUGGGAGAGCCCAGCACCCAGUUCAGCACCAAACAUUCCUCGUCCAUGAGAAGUGCCCAGGGAAUUCCAUGGCCACAGCUGGAUUGGAACUGUGGUGGUAGAACUUCAGAUGGAUCUGGAUCUAAGAGCUGGGCCCUGCUGCAGUUAUCAUGGUGUGGUCAGGAACAAAGAUUGGUGUGUUUUAAACACUGGUGACAAUUCCUAUAAAGAUCCCAAAAAGCUGAAGCUGGGGAAUAAUACAAGUAACAGCACCACUCAGUAUUGUCUGCAGCUUCUGACAUCUCUCCAAAUGUUUUCCAGUUCCAUGGGUUUGGCAGUGAAUGUUGUCUGAGUAGUUUUAUCCCCCUUCCCUGGCACACAACACAAAGUGCUUCAGAGCCCCCUCAGGCUCCUGCUGGGUGUGUCCAGUGUCCUGCUGGUGGUGAGGACGUGCUCUGAGGGGCCAGCAGUGGGUGGCUUCCCUCACUCCACACCCACAAGUCAACAGUGGCUGCUGGUCGGGGGGCAGUGGUCAUCUGAUGCAAAGGAAAACAACCUGGCUGAGAACUCGUGUGUCAAGAAACCAACUCUUGGGAGAUGUGAUGUCCAGACAAAGGUCCAGUGACCUAUCUCCAGCUGUUGUUCUCAGAGGCCCUGGGUGUUCUCUUUGGAGGUACCACAGCCUGGCUGGCAAAUUGCCUUUAAAUGAGAGGGGGGUGGUUUGUUUUCCGUUGGUAAAAGCCACCUGAUGGCAGCUUCUAAGACAGGCCAUGACAUAGGGUGGCCUGGGCACUGGGUCCCACCACCACGAGGGCUUGACCCUGCCCUUCAGCUGAGGAGCCUGGCCCAACCCCCUGCAGAAAGAGCUUUAAUUGGGAGCCAGGGGUGUCAGCUGCUGGUGGGAAGAAAAACACAAUGAUGCCUGAGAGUUUGCUCUCCUGUGGAGCUCCAGGAGCACAGAUUGGAGGUGUUCAUGGUGCUCCCACCUCAAUGAGAAGGGCCAAGCCAGCGAUGCCCAGUGCCCGUGGCACAGGGAGAAGGCUGCUUCUGAGGCUGGGAUGAUUUUUUUUCAUAAAGAACCUAAUUUCUCAAACUGUAAAAAGUGUUUCUAAAGAGGAAAGAAAAUAAAGUCAUUUUCCCUAGAGCA